UUGUAUUGGAAAUGUGUCACGUAGCUGCUACUGCCACAGUUACCAUAAAUAAGCCAGAGCGCUUCAUUAAGAGUUAAAAGAAAGAUUAAAUUAAUGAGCAUAAUGGGUGAUGAAACUAGACAUACACAUGGGGGAUUUCUAUUCUCUGGAAAUGCUAACUUGCUAAACGAGGCCAGGGACUGUUUCAGUGGAUAGUACCAAUACUGAGAUACAAUGAAAGACAAGAUGAAAUGGAUGCAGAUAUGUGUGUUCCACAAUAGUUCUUUAGAGUCUAAAAAGGUUCUACAGGAAACAAAGCAAACUGUCUAUUACAGGGUAAAUAAAUCCUUUAAUUUCCAAAGAAAAAGAACACAAAGCACCCAAUAAGGUGCAUUUCAAAUGAGCUCUAAUUAAAGAUUUAGGACAUCAUUUAUUUUUUUCAAGAAAAACCAAAAGAGCCAAAAAAAAAAAAAUCUGAAAGGAUUACAUAUCUUUAGAUCCUGUGAAAUUUGAGAUGAUUUUAUUUUGAGAGUUCAUCUAAUUAAAGUAGUCACUCUGAAUUGCUUGAUCAAAUCAAGCUGUGAUUUGUUAGAUUUCCUUGGCACCGAGAUCACGUUUCACAAACUACAACAGUGUCCUGCUGCAGUUCCUUAAACAAAAAUGGACCCCAAAAACAUCCCAGAGAGACUCGGGCAACAGACAGAGAUAGUAAAGUAUAGAUGUGUGGCAACAGCUUAACAUGGGGUCGGGUUUCUCAGGGCCCUGGCUAUAUUUAUCCUAGUGAUCUAACACCAGGCAGAGGGUUUAAAUGCCACCCCUGCAGUUGGUGUGGAGCAGUUGUCGCCCACAGAUCUUGUUCGGCACGAGCUCGGGGAUACACACGUGCAGUGCACACACACACCACACAGGACCUACUACGUGAAAGAGCAAGUGAGGAAAGAGGAGAGCAAGCCAGUGGAGUGCACACUUCUCCAGCCUUAAGUCAGCCUAGAUGGAGCUUUUUGAGACCAACCCGUACUUUUUCCCCGAACAGCGCUUUUAUGAAAAUGGCGAGAACUUCUUCCCUUCCAGGCUUUCAGGGGGAUUUGAUCAAGGAGGAUACACAGACCGGAGCUCCAUGGUAGGGCUAUGUGGGGAUGGAAGACUGCUUUCUGGCAAUGUAGGACUGGAAGACAAACCAUCUCCGUCCUCCACUCUCUCUCUGUCACUCUCACCCAACCAGGAGCAAGAGCACUGCCCAGGUCAGUGCUUGCCAUGGGCCUGCAAGGUGUGUAAGCGCAAGUCAGUAAGCAUGGACCGGCGUCGGGCAGCCACGAUGCGUGAGAAGCGCAGGCUCAAGAAGGUGAAUGAAGCAUUUGAGGCGCUCAAGCGGAGCACACUGACCAAUCCUAAUCAGAGGCUUCCAAAGGUGGAGAUCCUCAGAAGUGCUAUCCAGUACAUCGAGCGGCUACAGGCACUUGUCAGUUCGCUCAAUCAGCAGGAGCACGAACAGGCUAGCUUGCAUUACCGGGCCACGGCUGCUCAGAGGGUGUCAUCCUCCAGUGAGCAGGGUUCAGGCAGCACAUGCUGUAGCAGCCCAGAAUGGAGCACCGCAUCAGAGCACUGCACCCCAGCCUACGGCUCCACCCACGACGAUCUGCUGAACGAAGAUUCUUCGGAGCAAGCCAAUCUGAGAUCUCUGACGUCUAUCGUCGACAGCAUCACGGGCACAGAAGGAGCGCAGGUCGCUUACUCAGUGGACAUUACAAAGUGAACAAGAGAAAGGGUGAAAAAGUGUUGGAAGUGAUACCAUACUAACACCCAGUUCCAGAAAACCUAGAAAUACAGCACUACCUGUUACACCAAAAGCAUUAAAAUCCAAACAAUCCAUGUAAACCCCACACCCUGGGUACAAUUUCCAUUCAAAUUUAGUGGUCCAUCAGAAAUAUUUCCAGUUGUUUUGUUAUUUUUGGAAGAUGUUCAAGCUAGCUAGUCUAGACUGAUGUGUUGUCCUUCCUCAAUUUUUUUUGUUUUUGCAUUCUUUUUUUUUCUGCAUGUGUGUUAUGCCUACCAACAAAUAUUCAUUUAUGGGGCCAAUAUUUUCUGACUGUUUUGACCAAUAUUUGCUUAAUUUAACUAGUUCCAUAAUGCCAUGUAAAUACGUUCCUAUUUUCUACUGAGUGGAUCUGCUAGUUUAUUUUAUAUAUUUCUUGUGUUUGGAAUAAUUUAUUUGGACUUUUUUAAUAAAGAUUGUUGUGUAUUUGUAAA